CUGGAAGAAGACCAAGUAGUGGGACUAUAAAAAGGGAGGAGUUCACAUCUCCUCCACAGAUCUCUCUCCUCACAGGGUUGAUUAAAAGUCAUUUUUUCUCCGUGUUCACGAUGCGUCUUUGUGCAGCUCUGAUCCUGUGUGUGAUUCUGUCCACAGCAUGUGGACUAAAAUGCUACACAUGUGUGUCUGUUGAUCCUCGAGCCUGCACACAUAUGACAACCUGUCCUGCACUCCUGGACCAAUGUUUCUCCCUGAAUUUGACUGGUGUCAUCAAUAAGGGUUGUCGAAAAACUAUAAACUGUGUAAGACCCGUAUCUUGCUGUGGAGAGGACUUGUGUAACAGUGCCGUGCUCACUGGUCCCAGAGUCACCCUCCUGCUGGUGUCCUCAGCCAUCACCUCACUCUUUCUCUGACGCUCUGGAGCCUCCGCUGAGAAUGUUUAACUUUCCCUAUCGCCUUUUUGGAACAUUUAGAACAACAAUAUAUUAAACCUAAAGAUUUAUGGAAAUGCGACUACAAUAUUAUUGACUGUUAAUUUGCUAAUUUCCUCAGGUCAUACGCUACUAUUACUGCAAAAACUAGCUUUGAUUUCAAAUCCUACAGAUCGUAUGAGCAAUCAUAAGAUAAACAAUACAUUAUAUUAUUUACUAGUUGACUCGAAGGAUUAUUGAAACCAGCAAACAACAAUAUUUUAGACUUGCUUGCUUCAUCUUCAGAUAAAAAUAAGCUGGUCCCAAUGUAUCAAAAUUUGACAUGUUUUAUUAUUUGUGGAUAAAUUUCAAACUGCCAAUUUAGAACUGUGUCUUUUUUAAAUAGCGCUUUAAUUUCGCAACUUUAGUAUUAUUUCUGUGUGUGCGAUUUGUUCAUAAUUUCGAUAAUAAAAGAGUUGUGUGAAGAUUGGA